CGUUUUUGAGACCGAGAAAGACCGGUUUCUGCGGACCGUAAAAGUUUUCAACAUGAGUUCCAGAUACGACCGUGCUAUUACUGUUUUCUCGCCUGACGGUCAUUUAUUCCAAGUUGAAUAUGCUCAGGAGGCCGUAAAGAAGGGAUCAACAGCCGUUGGUGUCAGGGGCAAAAGUAUAGUUGUUUUAGGUGUAGAAAAGAAAGCUGUUGCAAAACUUCAGGAGGACAGGACUGUGCGUAAAAUUGCUCUCAUUGACGACCAUGUAGCCCUUGCCUUUGCAGGAUUAACUGCAGAUGCCAGGAUUCUGAUCAACAGGGCACGUACAGAGUGUCAGAGUCAUAAACUUAUAGUGGAAGAUCCAGUCACACUUGAGUACAUCACACGACACAUUGCUCAGCUAAAACAGAAAUAUACCCAGAGUAAUGGUCGACGACCAUUUGGACUGUCAGCGCUGAUUAUUGGUUUUGACUAUGAUGGAACUCCUCAUCUGUAUCAGACCGACCCGUCUGGAACCUAUCACGAAUGGAAGGUACAGCGAAAUGCCAUUGGUCGUAGUGCUAAGCCUGUACGUGAAUUCCUUGAGAAACACUACACAGAGGAAGUGGCUGGGAGCCAGGAAGAAUGUAUCAAACUAGCCCUCAAGGCCCUGCUGGAAGUUGUUCAGUCUGGUGCCAAAAAUGUAGAACUGGCUAUUAUGAAAGAAAAUGAACCCCUCAAGAUGUUAGAACUUGAAGAAGUUGAAAAGUUCAUCACAGAAAUAGAACGUGAAAAAGAGGAAGAGGCAGAUAAGAAGAAACAAAAGAAAGGAACAAAUUGAUGACUCAUAGUUGUGUAUAUAUUAGACUUGAUGAUGACUAGGAGAGAGCAGGAUUUUUUAAGGCAAUAUUGCUGAACAUCCAUGCAACUGGCACCAUACAUCGAGUGACUGCAAAUAUCCAUGCAUGGGAACAUGACAGAGUGACUUUGAUAUGAAACUCAAGAAACGGCUGGUCAUCGGCAUCACGUCAUCUAAAUUAUCGUGUAGCGUACAGAUCUUGUGAUAGUGCUAGCACUCCCAAGUGCUUUCCACUUCUCUACAUGUUAAGUGCUGGUAAUUUCUAUGCAUAUUGAAUAAUGACUUAAAAUAAUUUUCAAUGUGUAUUGGAAUUUCAUUUUCAUGAAUAAAUGUUCAUUUCACCAUU